AUGCGUAUUAUAAAUGGCCGACAUAUUGCGCCAAGAAGACGGCUACAGGCUAGCGAAUUUGAAAUGAAGACGAAUUUCUGCUAAGGGUUUAAGUUUGCAAUCGAUAACUGAGUAGCAACCACUAGCUGUGGAAUUUAGCUUCCUAAUGAAUGUAUUUUUAUGAAAAAACCUUACUCCUUUAUAUCAAAAUCUUCAAUUUUUCGCAUGGCAACCGAAGUUAACUUUUCCCCAUUUCUUUGGGACAUAAUGGAAAUAAUUGGUUUUUGAUGACAUAAAGAUAACUGUACCGAUAAUUGUUUAAGUAUUCAUUCAUUAUUGUAAAAUGGCAGCUGUUGAAUACGAUCUGGACACAUCUGGUGGACUGAUGGAGGAGAUUCAGAAGCUAGUAUCUCCUCCAGUGAGUGAAGAAACUUUAAGACGCCAAAGACGUGAGGAACGAGAGUAUCGUAGACCAGGACGUGCAGUUAACCAUGACUCUUGUGACAGCUGUAAAGAAGGUGGGGAUCUUCUCUGUUGUGACAAAUGUCCAGCAUCCUUCCAUCUUCAAUGUCAUAAUCCUCCUUUAGAAGAAGAUGAUGUACCCCCUGGGGAAUGGAUAUGUUAUAGAUGUCGGGUGGCUCCAAAGCAACAAGAUAAGGAUGAUGACACAUCUUCGGUUAACAGUGGGAGUAGUACUCAGAGUAACAAGCCAAAGAAAUCUCGCUCAUCUAAAAAUACAGCUCUGGAACUUAUGGAAGACAUGGAGGUUGAAAUAGCAACAGACAAAAACCCAUUAUUCACUCUAGCUAGAGCUGCAAAGUUCAUGAAUCCAACACAGUUUGAGCUCCCUAAAGAUACUGCUCCAACUAUGAAUAUGCCAGGUUCUAGUAAGAGAAAAUGGUGGGGAAGAGACAGGAAUACACAGAAGAAAUUGGCACAUGAGUUGGACAAUGGGAUAGUUCCACUACCAGCUAAGACAUGCUUCAUGUGUGAUAGGAGCUGUAGAGUUGGUCCACUUGUCCAAUGUGACUAUUGCCCUUUACUCUACCAUAUGGAUUGUCUGGAUCCACCCAUGGUCUCUUUGCCAACAGUCAGAUGGAUUUGUCCAAAUCAUCCAGAAAAUUUUGUUGAUCAGAACCUUCUACAGACUGUUAGUUAUUCAGAGAGGAUAAAACUUUGGAACAGAUUCAGUGGUCAUAUAAACCAGGAUGGAAUAAAACUGGACUUUUUAAAGAAAGCUCACAGAAAGAAUCCUCCAUUCAGAAUCAAAAUGAAACAUCCACUACGUAAAACAACAGCGAUUCCCCAUGCAAUAAAAGAUCAUUAUCUCAAUCCACCAGCAUUAUUACCCAGAGUUACGGAACCUUUAUGUACCAAUCAUGGGGAGACAACCCAGUCUGGUCAAGAAAGGGUGUCAGAAAUUACUCCUGAAGAGGAAGAAGAUUGGUUAUCAUCUGUUGUAUGCCUGCAAACAAGUAUAGCUCGUCAUCUGGCACAAAGUCGGUCACAGAAAAAUUCAGAUGGCUCAAAACCAUCAUCAUCAUCAGCAUCUUCAACAUCUAAACCAGAGAAACCCACUGCUGCAAUACAACCUGUUGUACAUAGAGACAGUAUGGAUUCAUCCUCUAAUGACAGUUUAGUCUCCGAUGUGAUAUGUGGGACAGAUGGUAAAUCAUCAGUGUUAGAAAACGAACGGACAUCAUUCAAUGGAUCAUUAAGCUCACCUGAUUGUUUCUCAAAUGGACCUUUAGAUAUUAGUAAAGGUGGUGCCGUGUCAUUAUUGCAUCCACCUGGAGCCUCUUUUUCAAACUCAGGAGCUAGUGCUAUUAAUUCUGAAACUGACACAUCUCAGAAAUUAGAAAACGUUGGAGCCAAAUCACGGAGCAAUAGUGUGGACAGCCCUCAACCAAAUAUAGUGCGUUUAAAUUGGAAUUCUGACAAGUCAUCAGCAGUGACGAUGCCCUCGGGCAAAAAUAUUGUAAUUAGUGCUAUAAACAAAAGCAACAACACAGUAGUGACUAAAGUCCUUGGUCCCAAUCAAGUGGGCAAGGCAACAGGCAAUAACUUGGCAGGUAAAAAUAUUAGUGGCAGCAAUCCUACGUCAAUUCUCUCUCCGCGAGGAGGGGCAGCAACAGUCAAAGUAAGCAAUGUUCAAGGGAAAGUGGCGCCCUCGUCUACAGCUAAAGUCAUCACAGUGUCCGCUCCUCCUUCAGUAAAACCAUCAGGAAGUAUAACGAUCUCAACGCCAAAAGUAUCCACAGCUAAUCCACAAAACUCCACCAAUGCAAUAGUAUCUCUCAAUAACACACUGCAGCAAUGUCUUGAUGGGUCAGGAGAGAUAGAACUCAGUAAACUUGAUGAAAAGUUAAUACAGAUAUUGGCAUGGCAACGUUUACAACAGCUCCUUCCUAACAAACAGUCGGUUACCACUACAGUCACAAAGAAAGGAGUUCUCAAUGGAUUGUUUUCACAGUCAGAUAAUCCUGAUGUUCAAGCUAGAGCUGUUUUAUGUCCUCUUACAAGUAAAGGCCAGCCAAUACCAAUGUCUUACAGAACACUAAAUAUUGGCACUGGUGCUGAUAUGGAUGUUUGUUUAUCACAAUACGGACAUUGUAAUUUCAUAUCACCAAAACAUGCAAUGGUUUUCUACGAUGAGACCACAAGACAUUAUGAACUUUUAAACUACAGUGAACAUGGAACAACUGUUGACAAUGUUUUAUAUUCAUGUGACUUUUCUGACAAACCUGCCACCACACCACAACCUACGAAAGUGGUGGCAGCUGUCAGAAAAAUAAUUGGAAAAAAUAAACAAAAAGUGAAAGAAGAACCCAAAGAAGAAAUAAAGGAGAAAGACAGAAUAACAAUGAGCCAAAGAGCAAAUGAUAUUAAAAAACCUUGCAACUGUAAAGGAAGUAGUUCUAGUUUAAUAGGAGGAAGUGGUGCAGGAUGGGAAGGCACAGCUCUAUUGCAUCACGGGAGUUAUAUAAAAGUUGGAUGUUUACAGUUUGUAUUUAGCAUUGUAGACCAUGCUACGUCUGCAACAUGUUCAGAAAGGAGAAAAGAACCUAUGUCAUUACUUAAAUCAACUUUAAAAGCAUCAUCACCAUAAAUAUUGUUAUAAUUUUAAAUAGAAUAUAGUCAAUUUAUUAAUUCUCCUGGCUAAUGAUUAAGAUUGAUUGUAAGUUUGCUGAAUUUUUCAUGACUUACAAUUGAUUUUAGUUGUAAUAUUUGUUGGUGAAACCCUGGCCUGUACAGCAAAGCUGAAGCAACAGAAAUAAACCAUAUCUGUUCCUUCAGUGUUAUUCUUUAGUAAUCAGCAACUCUUUUAAGGUUAUUUAUUUUGUUUACUUUGAAAAAAGAUUUUCUACAAGACAUUACAGGAGACCUAUUUUGUUACCAUGCAUAUUUUUGUGAAAAGAAUACAAAACAACAGAAAAAGCCAUCCACAUCAAAUUAGGGCUAUUCCAGAAAAAAAUGUAUGGGAGGGUUGGAAGGCAGUUUUUGUCAGCACCCGCCACCCAGACAAUUGUAAUUGAGUAUUAUAGUGCAUUAUUGUGUGAAAAGUAGCUCUGAUACCCAUCACCCAUGUAUUAUUAAGGUGGUACCCAACACUUAAACUAAAAUUAAUUUGGCUCCUUUAAUUUUCUUUAAAUUUUGACAGAGUAUUUACUUUGGCCCUUUGACAAAAAUGUUAAAAAAAAAUAAAAAUUUGAACCAACCGUUUAAACAGAAAAAUUACACUGGUUAUAUAGCAAAUAGUCAAACAUUUAUUUUGAUCAUUGAGAAGCUUAAUAUUCCCUUAACAACACAACAUUAUUAAAAUGUUUUGCUGAUUUUACAGAGUUACCUCCCUGUAGUGUUAGGUACCACCUUAAUACAAUGUGCCUUCCAACCCCCCCCCCCCUACAUUUUUUUCUGGAAUAGCCCUUAUGAAUAAAAGGAUUAGGAAACUUUGUUGGCCCCAAAUAAAACAGUUGACUGUAGUUAAGACAUUUUCAAUAUAUUUGGACAUACUGUCAAACCUGCUGUAAAGUUCAACCCUAUUUAGCAAAUUGCUUUGACAGUCUUUAAACCUAUCAGCCCAAUAUUUAAAUAUUGCUUUUGGGCCUGUAAAAAUCUUCCCUACACAAGAAAUCAGCAAGUUUUACAAAAAUUGAGCUUAAGGUCUGUGAGAUUCAAAAGUUUAUCAUGAAGACUGCAUUGUCUUACCAGGUAAUCUUCUUAAUGCUGUAGUAAUACCUAUGCAUUUUGAACCUCAAUUUAAUGUUCAGCUCUUAUAUUAUUCCUUUGCAAAAUAUUCUGAAUUUGGUUAUUUGAAAAAAAUAUAUUAACAAUCUGUAGACAUAAACUUAAUUAAAACAAUGUAUGUUAUUAACAUGUGCCAAAGGAACUCUUUUUGUUAAAUUUGUUAGUGUACAUAUAAGGUCAGUAGUUAUUCUGCAAUCUUAUGAAUGUUUGUUGUACGGAAAUUUGUUUUUGUUUACAUUUUUGUAUUAAAGCAAUGAGCUUAAUGUUGUACAAUAUCAUCCCCCAGAAGGUUUUACUUACGGUGACUAAAUCUGUAAAAGUAGUCUACAUUAUUUUUCAGAUGAUUUUUCCUUGCACUGACUGCUUGAUUUUUUUGGGUUAUUAAGUUGUUUAUUUGUUCUGGUCUGGUAAUUGAUUAGAAUUCACUAAGGACAUUAUAUUUCCUAUUUGUUGAUUGAGAUUUUGCAAUUGUGAAAUGGGGAAAAAAAGACAACCAUGUCUUGAGAGAAAACAAGGGGAAAAAAGAAGUAAAGAAAAUGGAUAUUGAAAAAAAUGAAUUAGAGAAACAAAUUAUAGUCUUUUCUUGCACAAAUUUGUUUCCACCCUAAAAGUUUAUAAUGGUUUACCUUUAUAAAUUGUUACUUGGAUGGAGAGUUGUCUCAUUGGCACUCAUACCGCAUCUUCAUAUUGUGAACACACUUUGAAUUUUCUAAUGAAGGAGUAAGCAUUCAAAUGUUAAUUUGUCACACACUUUCUCUUUUGACAUAAACACAUGUUGGUCAAAAACAUAACAAUUAAUUAAUUGAUAAUUAAUUGAUAGUCUACAUUAUAUUUCACUCAGAUUUGAAACAACAGUGAAAGUUUAUUGAAAAAAUUAGAAUGUGAGUAAGAUGUUUACAACCUACAAACAAGAGAUGAAUGCAAAGAAGGCCUUUGAUUGGUUAAUAAACCUACAUAACCUAUAACCAUUGACAUAAGUUUAAAUCUCAUGUAUGAAGAAUCAUUUAUAUAUUUGAAUACAAUGUACUGCAGGAAAAGAUCAUUUUAUAUACUUAUCAUAUUUCAUAACUGGGCAUUGAGCAUUACAUACAUUAUAUUAUGUCAUUUUACAUUGUUAAUGUAAAUAAAUACUUAUAUCAUUAUUGAAGAAAUUUUUAUUUUGUAUGAUACAUGUAAAUUGUUGUAUAAACCAUUUUACACUAAAUUAAUUAUGUAGAAAACAAUUAGAUGUUUUAAAUUAUGUCAAUCAUAAAUGGUAUUAUUGCUUAUUAUGGCACCCAUCUUGCUUUUAAUGUUUAUAGAUAUUUAUGUAUACCUGGCUUUCAAAUGUUUAGAUUUGAGCUUGGUUGAUGAAGGAAAAUUCAAAAAAGCACUUCUGACGCACAAAAUAUAAAGUGUUAUUUUAGUUCAUAGCCUUAUCUUACUCCACACCCUGUUUAUCCCUAGCUAUCAAAUGUUUAGGUUUAAUUGCCCAAGUUGAAGGUUAAAUUAAAAAAAAAGCACUACUAACGCCAAAAAUAUAUGGGUUUUAUUUUCAUUCAUAGUGAAACUUCAAAUCUUCUGUAACUUUCUCCACAUUCAAUAAUUAGCUAUCAGUACUGCAGAUGCAGAAGGUACACGUACAACAAGGAACAUAAUCUGCUGUACAUUAUUGCAAAGCCCAUUGUACUGCAAUGGCAAUUUGAAACAUAGACAGAAAAAUUGAUGAGUCCAUAAAUGCAUAAUUGGACUUACAAUUUUAGAAAAUGGGGAGUCUAGGACUUAUGGACUCAUCUAAGGGGAACUGAUGUAUGCAAUUUAUUCUUUGAUAAUCUUUCAGGAUAUAAAUUUUCUAGUACAGAUAAAAAUAAAAACAUAUUUUAAAGUAUUGAAGUCGUUCUUUCAAACCAAUACAACUUAAAUCUUUUAGGUUUUUUUUUUAUUAGAAAAUAUGAUUUUUUUUCUGAGUUUCAGAUUUAUGGCUUGCAUUGCAAAUAAUUUGCAUUUGCUUUCAACCAUCUAAGUAGGUGCUUGCCAAUAUUGAUUUUAAAAGAAUCUUUGUAUGUAGUGAUAUUUUUCCAGGACUUACAUUAUACAAAUUUUUUUUUUCCUAACAAACUGAAAUUACUAGAUAACUAUGUAGUUCAAGUAAUGUAGAUGCAUUAAUUUUCAUGGUUACCAAUUUUUUUCUUGGAAUAGGAAAACACUUUUUUGGUUGAUAUUUGAUUUCUUGGUUUUACAAAAGUCUGCAUACAGAAAAGAUUCACAUUUAGCUAUGAAAUCCACAAAAAUUGGUAUGGCACAAAUGAAAAUGAAUUCACAGCAUUGCUAUUGAUCUGUUUACAAGCAGCUUAUGAUUGUUAUGUUAUUUCCUAAGAUAGUGUGUUGGCGAGAUUCACUCCAAGGCAAAGUUUUAAACAAUAGUUAGUUACUGAGUACUUAUUUUGUGAAUUGUCAUGUACAUACUGUGGAUUCAUUUAUUUUUGUGGGUGCCAACUUUCGUGUGUUUAGAAAAAACAAACAUUUUCUUCGAUUUUUGAUAUAGUAGUUUUGCCUAUGUCUACAAACUAGAAAAUGUUAACUUAGUAAUUAAAGAUUUGAAUUUAUAGUUCACUUUCACUUUUACUCACAAAAUCUAUGAAAAUUGGGAUCCCAUGAAUAAUAAUGAAUCCACAGUACUCUAUGUAUCAGCUUUUAAGUUCCAGCAUUUAAUAGCUUGAUGGGAAACCAUUUGAUCAAUGUUUUGUUAUUGUUUUGUGUAUAGAAUUAAAGGUUGCCAUUGUAAAAUAUCAUGAAAUUUUUAUCAUACAUUAUGAGAUCAUUUUAGUUUUUGUAACAUGGUUACAAAUUAAAAUCAGAUACCAGUA